AUGGAUUAUCAGCCAACUUGGAGCGGCUAUAAAUUCAGACCGGAUAGUCCAACUCAGUCCUGGAGCCAAUACUACCGUGAGCCCAAGACUGAAUACGUAUCUUCUUCCUUCUCCAACAACUACAACGAGGCAGGACGGUUGGCAGGUGACGGCAGCCUGAAGACUUUGAUUCAGUUAAGAGAUGUCUCUUCAACGUAUAUCAAGACACUAUCCAACUCUAUGGGGGCUUCAGGACUUUCAUCAAACAAUAGCCUCGUCAAACUCCGCUUAUCAGAUGACCUUAAACGCUGGAAGGGCGAGCAGCAUCAAUUGGGUAGAAUCCUGCCUGCCAAGGGAACAGGCCUCAAGCGAGCUUCUAAUGAGGUACUCGAGAUCCUCGGCGCUUCCAAGUGGCCAGAACCACUCAUUACGAGGUGUGCUCUGUGGGGUAGUGUCUUUUUCAACAUGUGCAUAGGCGCGUAUGAUGCGCCGUCCAUGUUCUCAAACGCUGUUACCGACAUGGCGUUCUUUCGCGAGCAUGGCUACCACCACGUAUUCCCAGAGUUUGACAGCCUGUUCAAUAGCGCCAUGUAUGAUCAACACGCUCUCCAGACACCUGGGGGUACAGAACGACGAGCAGCAGUCGCCAUUGGCGUCCAGUACAUCAAUGACAAAAUCGUGUUUGAGGAAGAAAACCAAGCCAAUCUGGAGGGACUCUCGGCGAAGAUGAACCGGCAAACAAUGCAGACUGUUUCACUAUUCGAGAGCAGUCUCCUUGGCAUGGUUAGCGAGGCUAUUUUUCGCGGGUGCGACCCUGCAGCAGUCGUGAACGACAUGGUCCUGUCCUGCCCGGCCACCGACGUUGUCGAUGUGGGCUCUGAUCUGGUCAACUCCGAGGUCAUGAACUCCUUCUUGAACACCGCCGACAUUUACGAGACCGGUAUCGUGACUGAAGAAGCGCUGAGGCGCGUGUACAAUGCGUAUGCACACGCCGGCGCCCGAACCUUGGCUGAGAGGUGGUGGGAGCCCACUGCCCAAAUGUUGGCGCUUUUGUAUCAGUGGCAUAUCGUGAACCACAGACACAACUUCUUGCGACGCGCUGUACUGGGGUACUGCAAAGUACAGCACGGGCUGUCUGACCAACGCGAAGCAGACAUGGACGAAGCAUUUGACGAGAAUCUUCACACAACUGGCUUCAGCCGUCCCUUGAAGGACGCCUGCAACGGGGCAGACACGUGUGACACGGUCUCACAUUUCCUUGAACACAGCAAGAACCCAUCUCUGAUUCGUCACCUGUGGGAGUGCUUGGUGUCUGAUCCCCUGGAGUAUGUGAGGAAGGGGGAGGUUGACGGGCUUCGUGAAGCCGAGUUAGAAGAAGCCCUGCAGCUUGCCAUGGCCAAGACCUACACUGAAGGCUUCUCUUUGGAGCUCUGCUGGAUCAUGGCACACGCGGGACACCAUGCUUGGCAGAUUAAUCGGAUACUACUGCCAAAACGACAAGUCGAAGGAGCGGCACAAGUUACCAUCAGAUACUACAAAGACAGCAGAUACACACCGGUGGGAGACAAGCUUCUCAGUGUUGUUGUGAAUGACAUGAAAGACGGCAAUGACGAAGCCGCCAGCAUUAUCAAAGCUCGGGACCGUAUCACAAAACUCUGGACAGAGGAAGCCUUUAGCAUGGCAAAGGCGUGUAUCGACAACUGUGUCAGAGAACACCGAGCCAACUGCCCUCCUCUCCAGAGCACGUCCCUUUUACCCGACAGGGUCAUUGACUGUGCUAAUACCAGCAACCCGAAAAUUGUCCUUACUAGCGGGCAAAUCUACGCACCAUAUGUUACAUUGAGCUACGUUUGGGGCGGGCCGCAACCCAUGUUAACGACAAAGAAUGUCGGCAAAUACACAACGGAUGGUUUCAUAUUAACCGAUUUCCCUCAGUCAAUCCGAGAUGCCGUGACUGCUACCAACAAGAUUGGACAGCGCUACCUGUGGAUCGAUGCGCUGUGUAUCCUUCAGGACUCGCCCGAGGACAAAAUUGUCCAACUGGGAAAGAUGCACGCCAUCUACAAGAACUCGUACAUCACCAUCAACGCCGCUAGCGCAAGUAGUACGCAUGAGGGUUUCCUGCAUCAACCGCGGCCUCAGAGGGAGCCUCGUACUGUACUCCCAUUCCCUUGCUCGAAUGGAAAGACCGGCACCGUGUUUGUGGCAUAUGACAUCCUUUCUAGGAAAAAGGAUGGGCCCGAGCAGACAUACUGGGACGAACUUGAACCCAUCACUAGUAGGGGCUGGUGUUACCAGGAAAAGAUACUCCCCGCAAGAAGUCUAGUGUUUGCAUCUGAUACGCUCAAAUACUAUUGCCAGACGGAAACAGUCAACAUCGGCGGAGCGUUGUGCGAGGAGAGCACGGGAAUGCGUCUGCCGCGCGGGGCAUAUCUCUCCGACUCGGCAGAUCAUCAGCUUGAUGCAGUUCAGCUCCGUCAAUCCUGGCUCGCGGCUCUGUUUCAGUACACUAUGCGGAGUGUCACCGUCCCCUCUGACAGGCUGCCGGCCUUUGCUGCAGUCGCAGAGCUUUUCAGUAUCCUGAAUCAGGAUCAGUACCUUGCCGGCCUGUGGCGAAAGACGCUGCUACUUGACUUGCUCUGGAAAGCCGAUGAAAAGCGUGACAGACCAAAGACCUACAGAGCGCCAUCUUGGUCAUGGGCGUCGGUGGAUGGACUAGUCAGUGACGCUGGAGCUAUAUGGAUACAGGCUGACGCGACUGAGAGUUGGAGCGGUGAGGUCUAUGCCGUCCCUCUCAUGUGGAAUGUUUCUUACGAGUGGCAGCUCUCUUUCUAG